GGCAGGGGGCGUGGCCUGGCGCGGCCAUUGAGGCCGGGCGGGUAAUGGCGGCGGGGGGCGGCGGCGGCGCCGCCUGGCGGCGGGGCGGGGGGGCAGCGGGGGCCGCGCCGUGAGGGGACAAAGCGCCGGAGCCGCCAGGUGGCGAGGCCGAGGGGCGGCCAUGGGAGUGCAGGACCGGCCCCAGUGCUUCUUCGAGAUCGAGAUCAACAGGGAGCCAGUUGGUCGAAUUAUGUUUCAACUCUUCUCAGACAUUUGUCCAAAGACUUGUAAGAACUUCCUUUGCUUGUGCUCGGGUGAAAAAGGAAUUGGCAAAACAACUGGGAAGAAGCUGUGCUACAAAGGCACCACAUUCCAUCGUGUGGUUAAAAACUUCAUGAUUCAGGGUGGGGACUUCAGUGAAGGUAAUGGAAAAGGAGGUGAAUCUAUUUAUGGUGGCUAUUUUAAAGAUGAAAACUUUAUUCUCAAACAUGACAGAGCGUUCCUUUUGUCAAUGGCAAACCGAGGGAAACAUACCAAUGGUUCCCAAUUUUUCAUAACAACAAAACCUGCUCCUCAUCUCGAUGGUGUGCACGUUGUCUUUGGGCUGGUUAUUUCUGGGUUUGAAGUCAUAGAACAGAUAGAAAAUCUCAAAACCGAUACUGCGAGCAGGCCCUACGCAGACGUCCGAGUCAUUGACUGCGGGGUGCUGGUCACCAGAUCAGCUAAAGAUGCUUUGGAGAAGAAGAAGAAAGUUUGCUCUGACUCAGAAGCCUCAGAGUCCUCUUCCAGUGUGUCCAGCUCUUCAGAAUCCUCAUCUGAGAGUGAGGCUGAGAAUGAAAGGAGCAGGAGGAAAAAGAGGAAAAGAAGAGCUAAAACCAAACAGUCCAGGAAACGAAGGAAGGAGGAGAGGAAGAAGGAGGAUCCAAGGUGCAAGCGAACCUCAAGCCAAAGACGCAGCCUUUCUGACAAGAGCGAUGUCGCAGACAAAGUCGACCUUAGCACAAAGCGGGACAAGCCUGUGGUACGUCCUGAAGAAAUCCCCCCAGUGCCUGAAAAUAGAUUUUUGCUCAGAAGAGAUGUGCCUGUUGUCAAUAUAGAGCCUGAACAGAAGCUGCUUGAUGCUGCGCCAGUUCUGACUGACCAGAAACCAUCAGUCUCUAAAUCUGGACGAAAAAUUAAAGGAAGAGGCACAAUACGCUAUCACACCCCGCCGCGGUCGCGCUCCUGCUCCGAGUCGGACGAUGAGGAGAGCAGCGAGACCCCUCCCCACUGGAAGGAGGAGAUGCAGAGGCUGCGGACGUACCGAGCACCCAGCGGGGAGAAGUGGAGCAAAGGAGACAAAUUGAGUGACCCCUGUACAAGCAGAUGGGAUGAGAGAAGUGCAUCCCGGAGAUCCAGGUCUUGGUCCCAUAACGGUUAUGCUGAUCUAAGCACUGUGAGAUACUCCAGCCAUCACAAGAAGCACAGGAAAGAGAAGAAGAAGGUGAAGCAUAAAAAGAAAUCUAAAAAGCAGAAGCAUUUCAAGAAGCACAAGCAAACAAAGAAAAAGAAAACAUCAGCCUCAUCAGAUGUAGAAUCCUCUCAUUCCUUCCACAGGAGGACAAAAUCAUCUUAUGAUCGUGAGAGGAAAUCUCGUUCUUCCUCAUUGUCUUCCAGACGUUCAUCCAGGAGAGACUGGUCUAAAUCUGAUAAGGAAGACCAGAGCUUGUCGUCUUUAUCAAGCAGAGGGUCUCGAUCAUACUACAGGUCCAGAUCCAGGUCUAGAUCUAAAUCAAGAUCUUACUCCAGAAGAAGUUCUAGGUCAAGAUCAGCCUCUAAAUCAUCGCGAUCUCGAAGUAGGUCACGGUCAAGUUCUAACCCCAGGCAGCAAAAGACUGUUCCCAAUUCUCCACGAAAUAUUUCAGCACGGUUAAAUGACACUAAGCUGACCAAGACUGCUGAGCCUGUCCGAGCAGUGAUCCUGCCCAGUGACAAGGUUAUCGUGCCACCAGUUGUCCCAGAAAAUCUCCCUGUCAUACCCUUAAGUGACAGUCCCCCACCUUCAAGGUGGAAACCUGGGCAGAAACCUUGGAAGCCAUCGUAUGAGCGAAUUCAGGAGAUGAAAGCUAAAACAACCCACUUAAUUCCCACCCAAACUAAUUACAGUUUAGUGGUUGUUAAGGAAGCCAACACUUCUUCCUCCUAUCGGAAGCAGGAGAGGAGCUCCGAGAGCGAUCGGAGCGGUUAUUCCAAAGGCCGCAGCGACAGGAGCUCGGAGAGCUGGCCGAGGUCCAGGAGCCGGUCCUCUCGAAGCCGCUCAUACUCAAGAUCUUACUCAAGGUCUAGAAGCCCAUCGAGCUCGAGGACAAAAUCUCCUUCCUCUGGCAGGUCACCAUCCCCGAGUAAAUACCGCAGUGACAGGUCAGGCUACAGCGAGUCCACGUCCGACUAUUCGCUCAGCGAUGAGGACAGGCACAGGAACAAAAGGAAAUCCACAUCCAGCGAUCCCAAAGCUCGGGGCCUCAAAGUGAGACAGGAAACGAGCUCUGAAAGCACUUUGCCUUACACACAUCCAAAGGAUUACGAUGAGUCUUCCCAAGGGUUGAAGGAGAGUGACAGUUUGUCAUCCUCAGACUUCUCCUCCGACAGCGAGCACUCUGCCAAAGCCAAAGCGGUCCAAGAAAAAGAAGGCCGCUUUCCAUUAGAAGGGGAUGCUGAGAAGCAGGAUAAAAAUAGCUUAAGUUGUGAGAGAGGGGAGGAGAAAGCCAAGGGUGAGCGAGAUUCUGAUCACUCCAAAAAGAAAGCAGCUAAGGAGAAAUGCUCAGAGCAGCCCAGAGGUGGUGCAAAAACCAAACGCAAAUCCUACUCAGGUAGCAAAUGGGACUCGGAGUCAAACUCUGAAAGAGGAGAGGCAAAGCAUAAUAGGGGGGAUUCCAGACCCUCCUCUGGGAAGGAAGAAGGAGAGGCCACCUCAGGGUCUGACACGGAGCUUAGUGUUACCAAAAGGAUAAAAAACCAAUCCAAUUCCUCAGAGGGCUUUUUGGGUACUGACUGUGCGUGGAAGACAAGCAAACAGUUGUCAUCUUCUGAAUCUGAGAGUUCUUGUUCCAGCUCAGCAGACACUCGAGGCAAGUUGAAAAAACACAAACAUGGGUGGAAAAAGACUCCUAAAAAAUCACAUUCCAAAAAAGCAAAAGAAAAAUCAAAAGGGAAAAAAGAGAAAAAACACAAAGUCCAGAAAAGAAAAGAAAUGUUUCAUUGGCAGCCCCCUCUUGAGUUUGGGGAAGAAGAGGAUGAUGAGAUAAAUGAAAAGCCGGUUACCAAGGAUGAUAAAAAAGAAAAGCAGCUUAGCAGGGACAUAAAGGAUAAAAAACAAGUUUAUGAAAAGGAUGAAACAGUCACAGAUAAAAUGGGAAAUGGUGAAAAGUCAUGUGUGAAUGAAAACCUUUUAGAUAAAAACACCACAAGUGGGGUCUCACCAGAUCGCAGCAACCUUAAUAAAGAGCCCAUUGAAACAAGCACUUCAACUGGUAUUUUAAACUCAGGAAUAAACGUGGCUGCCUGCAAGAGUGAGAUUAAGCAAGCUGAAGAAAAUAACCAGAAUGGGCUGGAAGAUGUUAUUCAGACAGAUGACAACAUGGAGAUUUGUACUCCGGAUCGUAACUCGCCGGGGAAGGUGGAUCUGGAUGUUUUGUCUCCUGUCAUUCUCACUGCUAAACCUUUAAGUGCUGGUGUAAAUAAAGAGUUACAGGUUGAGACCCCUGAGCAAGAUGCUGUCAAACUGGGAAACAACAUAAGAGACUUUAUUAAUAUUAAAGAAGGAAAAGAAAUGGGAAGGCAAGAAAAUAACUCUGCUCCUGUGUCUGGUGCUAAAGACUGUAGUUUAAAAGGUGAAAAUUCUGAAAAUACACCAAGCAAUAUGAUAGACAAUAAGUGGAAGCCUUUGCAAGGUGUUGGUAACUUGAAACCAGCAACAAUCAGUAUGACCAUGGAGGUUAAAAAUGUAGCAUCAGCACCAGAACCUAAACCAGCAGGUUUAAGAAUUGAAAUAAAAGCAAAAAAUAAAGUAAGGCCUGGUUCUCUCUUUGAUGAGGUGAGGAAAACAGCCCGGCUAAAUCGUCGGCCAAGGAACCAAGAAAGCUCCAGUGAGGAGGAAUCUCCAAGCAGAGAUGACAACAGCCCUUCCAGGAGUCUCAGCAGGUCACGAAGUAAAUCUGAGUCUAAAUCCAGACACAGAACAAGGUCCAUAUCCUACAGUCACUCGAGAAGUCGAUCCCGAAGUUCUACAUAUUCAUAUAGGUCCAGGAGCUACUCGAGGAGCCGGAGCCGGGGCUGGUACAGCAGAGAUCGCUCCAGGAGCCGGAGUAGUUCCUACCACAGCUACAAGAGCCGUAGUCGGAGCUACAGCAGGAGCCGAUCCAGGAGCAGUUCCUAUGGUCACCACAGUCGAUCCAGCAGGUCCUACAGCUAUGACAGUUACUACAGCAGGAGUCGGAGCAGGAGCAAGAGGAGCGACAGCUACCGGAGAUCUCGGAGCUACGACCGGAGAUCCAGGUCCUACGGCUCUGACAGCGACAGUGAUCGUAGCUACUCCAACAACAGGAGCCCCAGUGAGAGCAGCAGAUACAGUUGAGAACGUUCCUUUGAGGAUGGAAACUCUAUUCCAGAAUUUUUUCAGUGUUAUAUUCAAAAAAACUCCUCUGACAGUGUCACAAGUGAAGGUUGUUUGCUGAAUUAGCUGAAACUUUCCUGUUUAACAGCGAACUCAACUCUGCUUACAGAGAGGACUGAGCUCGACAGCUGAUGUUAUUUUUUUUUUUUAAUGUCAAAUGCAACUUUUACAAAAUAAUAAUAUAAACCCCCACUUUGGUUUCCUUGAAUCAGCUUUUCCAAGCCAUGAAUUACACUUGGGUGAAUUGCUGCUGCCACUUUUUGGGUGCAGCAGUCAGGACUGUCUUCAAGUCUGUUUAUAAACACCUUAGGAAAGAUGUGCUAGCAACUAUUAAACUGUGAAGUCAAUUUCUUAAAAAGGCUGCCAUUUCUAGUUGAAAAUGCUUUUUUAUUGCUGGAAGCUGUUUCCAUUCUGUCUUGAUUGUUGACUAUUGCAUUCUGUACAGGAUAUAGAUGAGGAAAACAAAGCCUGCCACUCUGUCUUAAUCCCUCUGAACUGUGAGGAUGUUCUGGAAUUCUGCUGGAAAAGGUGAGCUGAUGCCCAGUGGGAAUUGUCAAACUGACAAACUGAGCAAAAGUGUGAUGAGUGAGUUUGGAGCUUAAUAUCCAACUUGUCUAAACUUGUUAUGUUUAAAAGAGGAAUUUUGUGAUAAACAGAAAUGUCCUUCAGAGACUAAAAAAGUGUUUCUAAACACUUCCUGACUUUGAUUUCAGUUCCUAUUACAGUGCUUGGCAUCCUUCAACACAUUUUGAAUGUUGUAAACCAUGAGUGUAUAAUGAGUUUGUCCAAAGCACUCUUUCAAACACUGACAUGAUGAUAAUUUUUUUUGAGAAAACCAGCCAUAAAGGUUCCUUCAUAAACCCUCCUUUAUGAAAGCUCUGUAUCCCACUCACCAUAGGGAAUAUCAGAUAUUGCUAUUGCAGAUAUUGAACUAUAUCUUGUUAAAGCAGGACUAGAAGAGUGCUGGGAUGCCUCAUAAAAAGCAUGCACAAUACUUUCAAAGUAAAGUUUAGUACCAAAAAUUACUCUUAGGUUACAGGUAAAUGGCUUGCAAAAAAAUAAAUAGAUUCAAGGUGAAGACUAUUGAGUAGUUCUUGCAAUAUUCUGACUAAGUUGAUUUUAAAUAAUCUGUAAAGUUUUUUUUCUGGGGAGUUUAGAAAGUUGUGUACUGAGAAAAAAAUCAGAUUUUUUUUAAUGGCAUAAUGUAACCUGAAAAUUUAUGUCUGUGGUGACAAAAAUGUGGUUUGAUUAGAGCUAAGGAGCACUGUUAUACCAUAACAGUUUCCAUUACUGAUUUUCUGUAAUAUCUGGAGAUGCUUUCUUUUGCUCAUUUUCAAAUAUUGGAAAUUAUUUUUCUUAAUCUCAUCAGGACCCAAUAGCUUUAAAAAUUUAAAGUGGUAAUUUCUUGCUGAGGCAUCAAUUUCUUCUUCCUUUGAUUGAAUUAAACUCCCCCAAAUUUGAUGAUUUUUUGGUAUACUUAUGAAUAGCAAGUUCAAAGGGAGAUGGUGAUGAUUUCCUCCAUUUCUGUCCACCCACAGCACAUUCCUGAAAUUGAAUUGGCCAUGGAGGUUUUUCACUUUUCUAGAAGUACCCAAAACUCUGCUCUUACCCCUUUCCUAUACUUGAGAAUUUAGUGACAAAGUGGGUGCAUGAAACCUUUCCACCCUUUGGUAAACUUCAGCUUUUUAGCAUUAAAUACAUUGAAUACCCAAGUCAGAAUACAUUUACAAACCUGUUUCUAACAGCAGCAGCCAUCUCAGAGUCCUGAACAAAUAUCUCAGUGAUAUUUGUUGUAGUUUCAUCAUUUUCAGAACAACUGUAACUUGCUUUUUUUUUCCCUUACUAAAGAAAAUAGAACUAGAGGGUUCAUGGUGUUACAAAAUAUACAAAUAUAACCAGUACUAUUCAAUACCUGUUAAUGAAAAUACUGCUCCAGGAUCAGAUUUUUAUCAUAUUUCAAAUCUGAUUUGACUUUUUAAGGCCAGGAAAAGGUGAUAGAAAUGUGGUCAAACAGUUAACUGUAAUUAUCAAAAAUUGCUGCACUGUCACUAAAGUCUUUUAUAUCUUUAGUCACAAAUUUAUAAAGAAAUUCCAUCAGGUAGAGGAAGGUUGGCGAGGGGUUGAGGGAAAGGUUGGGGGUAUUUUUGCUUAGUGAAAUCUGUUAAAUUGUGCUUCAGAUGGAAAAUGUCCCCCUGAGCUGGUUUUCUAAUGCUGCUCUAUGUUUUUGCAAUUUUGUUAUUCCAAAGUAGUUGCUGUUUGUAAAAUAAACUUUUUGUACAUAUCUGCAAA